CCGUACAAAAUAACGUCGUUGGCUCUCGGACUGGUCAUUUCCAACCAUGAAGUCUGACGGGCCAGUUCUGACCUUUUGUGUGUUCGUUUGUGUCAUCGCCGUCGCUGUACCCCUGGUGACCGGGUCGACCUAUUUCGGUGGCACCACCGGUGUUGUCCAAGGACCGGGCUUUCGAAGGGAUCCGCUGAUGGCCAUGUACAAAGCGAUCUACUGUCGUAAUAAACAAUGUCCCAAUUGGAGGUGUCAAGACGAUUCGGCCAUGAUUCACGGACACUGUUGCGGAUGUCACAACAGUUUUGAAGUUAACGUGCCGGUAUUAUGCGUUGAAGAUUUAAAAUGUCCACUUAAAAUGAAGAACUUAUGCGAUGACUAUCAUUUUAUGAUUACAUGUUGUUGUUCUUGAACCUAUAUUGUAGAUUAAUGAUAUUCCUUAUUAAAUCAUAUUCACCGAAAACACUAUUAUUCACCAAUUUAUAUUUAUCGUAAACGUUUUGUAUUACUUAUUGUA